UAAACCAUGUAUAUGGAGUUCACACUUCUGAAGUGCAAGGAGUAUUUCAAAUGAAAAUUCUGCUUGAUAUUCAUCGUGCCUUUGAAGCACUGAGUCAGAACAAAACAUCCACAAAAUGGAGAAGAUUUAUGCAAAUUGGAAUCUUGCUAAUUUCCUCAAAUUAUAAAGAGACAGUUAAGAACAGGUCCAAGAAAAGCUCUAAGAAGGUAAACAGUAGCAGCAGCAGCAGUAGCAGCAGCAGCAGUGGCAGCAAGUUACCUCCAGUUUGCUAUGAAAUCAUUACCUUGAAGACUAAAAAGAAGAAGAAGAUGGCUGCUGAUAUUUUCCCCCGAAAGAAGCCAGCUAACAGUAACGCGACUGCCGUCCAGCAGUACCACCAGCAAAAUAUCAAUAACAACAAUAUUAUUCCAGCUCCCAACUGGCAAGGGCUGUACCCUACCAUCCGAGAAAGAAAUGCAGUGAUGUUCAACAAUGACUUGAUGGCAGAUGUUCAUUUUGUGGUUGGGCCACCAGGUGGGACCCAGCGAUUACCAGGACACAAAUACGUCUUAGCAGUUGGAAGUUCUGUAUUCCAUGCAAUGUUUUAUGGAGAGCUUGCUGAGGACAAAGAUGAAAUCCGUAUACCAGAUGUGGAACCUGCUGCUUUCCUCGCUAUGCUGAAAUACAUAUAUUGCGAUGAAAUUGACUUGGCUGCUGAUACAGUUCUGGCAACUCUUUACGCUGCCAAGAAGUACAUCGUUCCUCAUCUUGCCCGAGCGUGUGUUAACUUCCUAGAGACGAGCCUGAGUGCAAAAAACGCUUGUGUGCUCCUCUCCCAGAGCUGCUUAUUUGAGGAACCCGACCUGACUGAGCGCUGCUGGGAAGUGAUUGAUGCCCAGGCAGAGCUGGCUUUGAAAUCGGAAGGGUUCUGUGACAUUGAUUUUCAAACACUUGAAAGCAUUCUCCAAAGGGAGACCCUGAACGCCAAAGAGAUUGUGGUUUUUGAAGCUGCUCUUAGUUGGGCUGAAGUCGAGUGCCAACGACAAGAAUUGCCUGCCAGCAUAGACAAUAAGCGCAAAGUCCUUGGGAAGGCGCUCUAUCUCAUCCGCAUCCCUACAAUGGCACUGGAUGACUUUGCCAAUGGUGCUGCCCAGUCUGGUAUUCUGACCCUCAAUGAAACAAACGACAUCUUUCUUUGGUACACGGCUGCCAAAAAGCCAGAGCUACAGUUUGUGAGCAAUGCCCGGAAAGGCCUCGUCCCGCAACGCUGCCACCGCUUUCAGUCUUGUGCCUACCGCAGCAACCAGUGGCGCUACAGGGGUCGUUGCGACAGCAUACAGUUUGCUGUCGAUAAAAGGGUUUUCAUCGCCGGCUUUGGGCUCUAUGGCUCCAGCUGUGGAUCGGCAGAAUACAGUGCAAAGAUUGAACUCAAACGGCAAGGUGUUGUCCUAGGGCAGAACUUGAGCAAGUAUUUCUCGGAUGGAUCGAGCAACACUUUCCCGGUGUGGUUUGAGUAUCCAGUGCAGAUUGAGCCAGACACCUUUUACACCGCUAGUGUGAUUCUGGAUGGCAACGAACUCAGCUAUUUUGGACAGGAAGGGAUGACCGAAGUUCAGUGUGGUAAAGUAACUGUGCAAUUCCAGUGCUCUUCAGACAGUACCAAUGGCACUGGGGUUCAGGGAGGGCAGAUUCCCGAGCUUAUCUUUUACGCGUGAGAGCGAUGGGUUCCGGAACAAGGGGAGCAUGAUCUCAUGAUGUAUAUGUCUGGUUCACAGCUAUUUGAUGCUUUAGCUUGUCAUCUGCAAAUAUGUGAUGAGUACAGGUAUAUGUUCCUAAAUGCAGUGAAGAGUUUAACACUUGCUGUACUUUUAUAGCAUAAAUGUGAAAUUCUUCUUUUAUUGGAAACUCCCAAGAACAAACAAACUAGCAAAUUAAGGGUCAGAGUUUUCCAGCCUUACCACAGAGGGGAUGGCCUUACUAGAAUGGAAGAAGAGCAAAUAGGUGUCCUCCUUCCAUGAUACAUGUCUUCUUUUUGAUCUCUGUCUUGCUACCAUUUCCUGUCCUUUUGAUUUAUGUUUUUCUCUCCUCCAUGUCGUAGGCUUUUCAAACAUCUCAAGAUUAAAGGUAGUUUAUCCUUCUGCCACUUGAACGCCCAUCACACUUUUACUUGGUGUGCAUUUAGCACACUUGCCAGGCAGACCAAUUCUUACCUCUGGCUCCUCCUUUACAUGCUCCUCUGAUGUUAGCAAGGUGUAUUCAUUAAUGAGAUGAUUCGAUAAAGGAAAUGUCAAUGCUUGGCUGGUCUGUAAAUAUGGGUCCCUCACACUUAGUUGUGUUGGGGAUGACUACAACAGGCCAUAAGCAAGCCUCUCUAAGGUGCAAAGUGAUUUGGGCACAGCUGAUACUUGCUUCAACACUAUUCUACAAAGUUCCUUCUCAGACACAUUUUGUUACGUCUGGUAAUAUUGACAUACAUUCAGCCCCUUGUUGUAGGGUUAAGAAGCCUGGUGCCCUCCAGAUAUUUGGAACUACAACUCUCAUAAUCCCUGACCAUUGGCCUUGCUUACUGGGGCUUAUGGGAGUUGUAGUCCAAAAUUUCUGGUAGUCACCGGGUUGCCUAUCCCUAAACUAGUGCAUUGAAAUGAACCGUGUUUGCACCAUUGCAGUGCCUCAAUGAUAGCAGCUAUUUUACUUUAUAAAAGAGCAUUUCCUCAUUUAAUCAGUCUUGGCAGCCGUUGUACUGGCUGCCUUUUAUGGGUCUAAUCCUUUUUCCAUUAAGCCAGACAAUCUGUAGCAAACCAACACACACACAAAUAAUUAAUUUUGUGGGCUUUAUUUUCCCAAAGGUAGUUGAAAACUCUUUAGUGUGGGAUUUCCCCCCUCCACUGAGUAAAAAAUAAAAAUGUUUGGAGGAUUAUAUUGCUGUAAAUUGCAAUGGAAUGUAUUUGUUCUUUGGUGGCAUUUGGUUUCCCCUUUAACUAAAGCUUGAAUAUUAUUAAUGCUACACAAAUUAAAUUAACUAAUUGGGUAAUUAAAAGGGGAGAAGUAAGUAGGCUCCAAAAACCUCUCUAUUUCUAGGGAAGCACCUAGGUUGGAUAUAAUACAGCUGUAUUUAGAAUGUUAAUAUUCACCCUCCUUUGUUGGUUUUAUAGAUGCUCCAGAUUUCUGUGUUUUAACAAUUUCCCGAAUUAAUGUGUACAUGUGGGAUCAGACAGUAAAUAUGACUGAGGUAAAUGCUUCUGAAACUACUGCAGAGUACUUUCUAUGACAGCUAUAAAUGGUUGCUUCGCUUUGGGUAGGAUUCAUAGGAUGAAUCUCGGAAACACUUGUGUUUACCUAUUUGUAAACGUCAGUUUAUAGAUAGGUUUUGUGUAUUUAUGUUGAAUGUGGUAUCUGCCAGCAUUGCCUGGAAAAGGGACAUUUGUGACUUAGGUUUUGCCAUUUGAAUUUGUGAUCUUCGUUCGCAUCUGAAAUUCAGGUUUUCAUUGUCCAGAAGCAUUUUUUUUUCUUUUUUUAAAUUGGGUGUCAGGCUUCCUGUAGAACUAUCUACAUUCUUGCAGGAAAGGGCUGCAGGCUGGCUGGUAGUAAAAAAAAAGAAAGAAAAAAAGAAAGGAAAUGAGCGUAACUGAAUGAUACAGAGCAAUUUUGUGUUCAUGAAAUAAAAGGCACACUUUCCAAAAAGCAACCCAUAAUUCUUUCAGCUAGGAAGUUUCUUACAGUAGUAUUCCAAAGCUGAUUUGUCACAAUUUUCUGUCUGCAAAGAGGAUUUGCAGCUUCUUCCCUCUACCCACAAGCUUUAAGUAGAAGAUCAAGUAAGCAUGGAUGCUUCUUGUUACAUUGUUUAAGGUGGUAGUGUACUACUCUAACACAAAAUCUAAUCAUUAGAAAACUAUUAAAAAUGUUUAUCAUUCCAUUUCUGGUUUAUUAUCUGUUAAGGGUUCUCACUCUAACAACUUUACUUGCUGCAAUCCUGCCUGCUGGUGGUCUUUAAGUGCCAUGAAGUAUCUGCAAUGUUCAGAAUAGGAUUUGUAGAUUCAACUUGAAUUGGACUUGAGAAAAUCUCACAUUUACACCAAUCGUUUCUCAGCCAUGUCAAAUAUAAAGAAAAGCAAGGUGGAGUCUAUUCUUCAAGAACAAAUGUUAUUCUUACCUUUUAAAUUAUUUCAAAUUCUAUCACAUAAAACAAUUUACUACUUUUUUUCUUCUCUUCAGAAGUGUAAAUACUCCCAGAAUGUAUAGGUGUUGCUUUUCAACCAGCACCAAAGGUUGGCCUGAUUAGCUGCCUGCCCAGGGCCCACACUCCAGCUGGGGCCUACAGACGAGAGCUCCCUGGAGUCGCUCACCCUCUUCACCAUUGCAACCUGCUUCCUCACCCACCUCUUACUCUGGCCCAGACCAUGGUGGCGGUGAGGAUGAGGAAUACUUGCUUGCUGGCUCCGUGCCUGUCAAGCAAGCAAGCGUUAGCAAUGAUCAAAAAGAGGAUUAGGAGCUGAUGACACAAUGGCAAGUGAGAAGGUACAGUAGACUCACUGAGGGAGGAGCCCCCAUUGAGGGUGUUUUGCCCAAGGGCCCUCCAAAACCUGGAGCUGCCACUGAACACAUGUGAUUACAGCCUCACACCUUGAAAACCAGUGCAGAUCGAACUAAGGUAAAAUCCCUGCUCAGUCCCAAAGUUUACUGGGCAACCUAACCCACCUCACAGUGCGAGGAUAAAAAUGGGAUGGUGGGGAGAGGGGUGGUAAUCAUGUAUACCCUCCUGAGCUCCUUGGAGGAAGAGCAGGAUAAAAAUGUAGUUACAUAAUCUCUGCAUAAUGUCCUGUGGGAGGUGAGGGAGCUCCUGCAGACCUUUACCCAGAGUAAUUUAUAAGACUUUCAGGAAUCCCAAAUAAAAUCAAAAUGGAAUCCCAUGGUUUUGAGGAUGUAAAUAGUGGUGCUUAGCCUAUUAUCAGAUAUAUGAAAGCCGGGUUCCAGGCUUGGGUCCCUCGGCCCUUCUGGUGCCCUACGCCUUCUCAGCCUCUAGAUGGCAUAUGCACGCUGCUGCUUUUGCUUAAUGCUGCAUUGAAGCACAUGGCUGUAAGGAGGUCCAGGAUUUGUCCCUGUGGAAUGGUAUUUGUAGAGCACUUUAUAUUUCCCAUAAACAUGAAUGACUGCCAUUUACUUCCACAGGGGAAAAAAAACCUACCUGGGUAUAUAGGUAGGAGCACAGCUGGUUAAAGGGGUAGAUUAGGCUCUCUCUGGCACUGGGCUGCACAGUUCAGCCAGUCUUUGCAGGGGUCAUAGAGAUGCAACGCAACCUCCCUCAUCUGCUCCUCUUAUUGGUCAAAGCGGCAGGCAUUUUGCCUGUGUAAACUGAAAGCAGAAGUGAAAAUCCUAACACACUUUGAUACCAAGCUGUGAAUAAAUACUUCACUUUUAUGAACAGUUCUUAUACAGUCGUGCAGUGGUAAAUGGCAUUCUUUUCUCGGUUGUGCAUUUCAGUGCAGCACCCCCUUUACUGCAGGACUGUAAUGCCAUUGAAAAUGAAAUGUAUUACCGGAUGUCAAAAAUGGUAACACAUGUCUUGAAGUAGUAUAAAAAGUUAAAUAUUAGUUACUUCCAAGAAGAGGAGGGGCCAUAGGCAGCUCUGAGAGAGGUAGAAUAUGAUUGCUGGAAUUGAGCCACUUAAGCUGAUCAAGAAUCCUGGAAUUUGCCCAUGUUCAGAAAAAAAAUGAUGACGGUUUAAAAUGGGUUAAAUUUGACUUAGAAUGGAUGACAUUUUACGUAGAUUUUUUUUAAAAAAAUGACUUGCAUUCAAGGCAUAUACUGCAGAGGUGUUUUUAAAAAAAUCUUUCUUACAACCAUGAGAACUAAAAAAUUCCACAGCUUUCACAAGAGCGCCUCUCCCCGGUUUGAGAAGCAAUACAGUAAUGAUGCUUCUGACACUGUUGUAUCUUUGCCUUCUGCCUUGAACACAUUAUCUUUGGUGCCUCUCUGUGCAAUCCUGUAUAUGUCUAUUCAGAACUAAUUGAGUUACCUAGGACAUGCUCCCAAGUAAGUGUGUAUGGGAUUGCCGCCUUAAACAUAAAAUUUAAUCUGCAUUGCAUGACUUUUGGCGCUUUUCACUUUCAACCUUUUAAAAAUUGCAAUUAAAUCUGGAACCCCUUUGAAGAUGAAUUACCUUUUAUUAUUUUCACCAUGCCUUUCUAACACAAAGUCGCUUUCAAUCAGAAUAAAGUUAAUACACAAUAGUAAAAACAUCACAGAUAUUAGGAAACACAUAGAGCACCCUAUAAAAGACUAAAAAAACUCAAAAGCAGUGGCAGCAUUUUUUUUUUUAAAAAAACAGAUCUUAAAAAGUGUAUUUUGCUGGAAUAAAAUUUGCUUUGCUGCCUGUCUAAAAGCAAGCAGCAGUGGGACCAGCCAGGCAGACCUCCCUUGGGAGGCUGUUCAAAUGAACCACUGAAAAACAGCUAUGGUGCCAUAAUGAAAACUCAAAGAGUACUGAUAUAUCGAUCAGAUUAUGCUAUCUGAGAUGGGCUUUCCCCUCCUCUCUUUUACUUGCCUCUUGAAUACACUCUAAGAGGUAAGGCUGCCUUUUCUGAAUGUUCUACAGGAGCCGAGGAAUUCAGAGAUGGUUCUAUAGACAUCACCAUGAAAUUCAGCCAAAUUUAUUCUGCCAUCUACAGUCACGCCUUAAACAUACAAAUAGCAGUGCUAUGAAGAAGGAGAUAAGACAGCUAGGAUUGUUCUUAUUUAUCUAGACCGGCUUAGUUAUUAUCUUCUGCAGAGCAAAUAUCCUUCCUGGAGAGCUUAUAAGAAGUAUGGUGGCCUGUACUGCAUUUACUUGGCUCCAGGAUCUUUGUGACCUAGUUUCAAAGCCCUCAUCUCCAGGUAGAGCUGGGGAACACCCUGCUGAAACUCUGGAGAGUUGUUGUCAAUCAGUGUAGAAAGCAAUAUGCUAGGUCCUGGCUGUUAGAGCAGUACGACAAUGGCACCCAUGACCUAGGGAGGUGGUGGGCUCUUCCACACUAGAGGCUUUCAAGAUGCAGCUGGACAGCUGUCUGUCAGGGAUGCUUUAGGGUGGAUUUCUGCAUUGAGCAGGGGGUUGAACUCGGUGGCCUUAUAGGCCCCUUCCAACUUUACUAUUCUAGGAUUCAAUGAUCAGCAUUUCCCAUUCUGGUGUCCUUCAGUUGUCUUGGAUGGCAACUCCCAGCAUUCCUGACAAGUGUUCAUGCUGGUUGGGGCAGAUGUGAGUCCAAAACAUCUGGAGAGCACCUGGUCUGGGAAGGCAGAGUUUGAUGGCUCAAUGGUCUUGACUCAGUAUACUAUGUUCCCGUGGAUCCUGCCAAUUCACAUGUGAGCAGGACUCCUGACUGAAGACGAAAUUCACUUAAGAAUCAAAUGCCCAGUGAACUAUGCCAAGUUAAAAAUAAGCGCAGGGGCAUUAUUCAGCAUCUUCUGAAAUUCCCCAAUGGCUGUAUGAGUAAAGAGGCUUCCUUUUUUCUUUCAUGAGCAAGGCAGUGCUUCACUCAUGCACUGGGGGAUCCGUAUGGUGGCACAGAGCAUUUCUUUGUGAACAGGAAGUCCCCCGCAUGCUUGGAGACUUUGUAUCUCACCCAAGUCCCACCUCUGUUUAACGCAUAAAGAAGUGUCUUGCAGUUCUUGCUGGGGAUGCAAGUUAACGUUAACACUAAACUCUUGUAUUCAGCUUUGCAGGCACUGCUUAAAGUAGGUGCUGCUUUCCACACCACCACUGUAGUGACUGCCCGUAUGGCAAUGACUCAUAAUUUUAAUUAGGUUAGAUUAAUCAAAAUCAAAGUAUGUUGCUUCAGAUCAGGGGUGGGGAACCCAUGGCCCCUACAGAUGUUGUGAACUCCAACUCUGGUCAGCUUCAGCCAGCAUGGCCAAGGGUAAGGAAUGAUGGGACAUGUAGUCCGACAGAUUGUGGAAGGCUGCAGGUUCCCUGCCUUAAAUGGUUUGUGGAUUUAACAAUAAGGCUGCUAGCAUCACUCUGGUAGUAUCUCGGUGGAACUGUUUCCAAGUGAGAGCUUUUCACCCAAAAUAGGCAGCGUCCUAAAUUUGCACAUUCCUAAAUAUAUUGGCUUAUUCUUCUAAAGCACUAGAUAAUAUUUAUCUGGAACAAAACCUGAGAUAUGAGGAAAAUACUGUGGAUGCCAUUUAAAAUUAUGCCUAAUAUCUUGUUGCAUUGUGAGCUGGGAGGAGAAGGAAAACUGUUACUGGAUUUGCAGUGUAAUAUACUUUAAGCAUAUCUGACAUAAUAUUUAAGUAAACGUUUUAAUUUCUACAGUACUAUUGCACUGAUAGUUUUUUGUUUUAAUGUUACAACCGUUAUUUCAGACACAACUGCACCAUGGUGUGUUUGGAACAGUGCUUGACUAUAGCAACCGAUGGCAUUAUUUAUGAAGGACAGAUAUAUAUAUAUAUAUAAAUAUGAAGUACCUCAAGAUGAAUGUUAUCGUACUGUAUCUUUAAUGUAACAGUGCAGAAUUUUAGUAAGACACUUGAAUGUGUAUAAAUCACAUUUAAAAGACAAAAUAAAAAUU